AAAUUUGGUCACGCUAGGCUUGUUUGCCCUUCAGCUGACGAUUUCCAUAUCCUGACUCUUUCUUUUUCCCCCGAUUGGCGUGAGAGCGAGAUCGUGCAUCACAAAAGUAGAGAAAGAUUUCGCAAAAUGUCCGGAGGAUUCGACAUUCUGAAGGCCCAGGAGGCCGACAUCACCAAGAUGUUGGCGGCCACCACCCACGUGGGAUCGGAGAACUCUGAAACCACCAUGGAGCAAUACAUCUUCAAGAAGCGCAACGACGGUGUCAACAUCAUCAACAUCAAGAAGACCUGGGAGAAGUUGGUGUUGGCGGCCCGUGCCAUCGCUGCCAUUGAGAACCCGGCCGAUGUGUUCGUCGUGUCUUCGCGUCCUUAUGGACAGCGAGCCGUCCUCAAGUUCGCGCGUUAUGUGGGCGCCACGCCCAUUGCCGGACGCUUCACCCCCGGCGCGUUCACCAAUCAAAUCCAGGCUGCUUACCGAGAGCCUCGUCUGUUGGUGGUGGCUGAUCCCCGGGCCGAUCAUCAGCCCGUUACUGAGAGCUCCUACGCCAAUAUUCCCAUCAUUGGCUUUGCCAACAUCGAUGCGCCCACCAAGCACAUCGAUAUUGUGGUGCCUUGCAACAACAAGUCGCCCAAUUCCAUCGGUCUGAUGUGGUGGUUCUUGGCCCGUGAGGUGCUCCGUCUGCGUGGUUCCAUCUCACGCGAGCUCCAAUGGGACGUCAUGCCCGACUUGUUCUUCUACCGCGACCCUGAGGAGGCCGAGAAGGAGGAGCAAGCCCGCCAAGAAUCCCUGGCUCAGGCUGCUGCCCAGCCCAAGCCCGCUGAACCCGAGAACUGGGGCGGUGAAGAUAUGAACACCGAUUGGGCCAACGAGCCCGCUCCCGGUGCUCUAGCUGGAGCUGCCGGCGUGCCCGUGGCCGCUGUGGGCGCUACCAAGUUCGCAGUGAACGACGAUUGGACCAACAAUGCAGCGCCGACCUCAGAUUGGUCUGCUGAAGCCGCUCCGGUCCCUGCGGCCGCCCCUGUGGAUCAAGCCAAACAGUGGGGAGGCUCUUCCAACUGGCAAUAAGCGGUCCAGUUGAUUUAUGGGGUAGUGAAAUGUUUGCACCUUCAUGUGUCUGAAUAAAAAGCACCUCAUGAAAUUCAGUAUUCCAA